AUGAAAAAAUAUUUAAAAAUUUAUUGGUGGAUUACGUUGUAUUUUUGGAUUAGCUUAACGACCUCUAUAGACACCGAUGAAUUAGAAAUUGAAAACUGUUUGAAUUUUGGAGGUAAAAAUUGGGAACCAAUCUUAACGUCAAAAAACAAUGAUAAAUUAUCCUUAUGUAUUUUAAGAAACUUUAACAAGCAAUUUAAUUUUUGUUCUUAUUGUUUAGAGAUGGAUGCAGAGACUUUGGAUGAUAAAUCUAGAUGUCUUUGUAUUAAUUGUGCCGUAAAAUCCAUGAUUAACGAUUGUACCAAAUAUUUUACAAUUACAGAUGAAAUGACGUAUAAAAAUUUAAAUAAUAUUAUCAAUAUACUAUCGAAAUAUGAUUUAAAAAACGUAAUGUCGGUUGAUGAAGAAUCUUUAAGUCAUACAAAUUUAAGAAGAAAUUUAGGAAGCAAGCUCUACAGAUUUUUUUUUAAAUUUGAAAAAAAAUCUUUAAUUGAUUCAGUAUUAGAAUUUUUCAUAGAUGAAAUAUAUUCUUUAGAAAAUAUUAAUUGGUCACAAAUAAGCCCAGAGACUUCUAACCUAGGUAAUUUUUUUAAAAAACCCAAUAAAGAAAUCCCUUCUAUUGUAGAAAGUAAUAAACCCAUUAAUGACACACUUCCAGAUGAUGAUUCGAAGUGCGAUGACGACGAUGACGAUGAUGACGAUGAUGAAGAUGAUGAAGAUGAUGAUGAAGAUGAUGAAGAUGAUGAUGAAUAUGAUGAAGAUGAUGAAGAUGAUGAAGAUGAUGAAGAUGAUGAAGACGAUGAAGACGAUGAAGAUGAUGAAGAUGAUGAAGAUGAUGAAGAUGAUGAAGAUGAUGAAGACGAUGACGACGAUGACGACGAUGAUGGUGAUGAUGAUGAAGGAGAUUAUUACAAGAAGAAAAAGUCCUCCAGAAAAGCUCUGGACGAAAGUAAAUACAAAAAAAAAGGUAGAAAUCAAGAAAUUAGCAACAGUAAGUUUGAUAGGUUAAAAAAGAAAAUUACUAAGAAGACAAGUGAGAUAGAUAUGGAUGACGAUGAAGAAGAAGAGGAAGAAGAAAACAAUGAUGAUGACGAUGAAGAAGAAGAAAAAGAAGAAGAAGAUGAUGAUGAAGAAGAAGAAAACGAUGAAGACUGUAAUGAUGAAGAUCUAAUAUUUACAACCACAUAUUAUAUUAAUUAUACUCCUAUCAAAACCCGAACCAAAAAGACACGAACAAAAUCAUACACAGAGACUUCAACGAAAUCAUACUGCACAAAGACAAAAUAUUCAGGAAUUUGGGAAACUGUUUCUGCGAUUCAAACUACAACCACCACCGAGACUGAAACAUUUUUUAUAAUUUCAACAACUUCCACCUCAGUUACAACAACAUUGAUAGCAACCAAAACUUUCUUUGAAAACAACUAUUCUACCAUGACCAGAACGACUACCAAUUAUUACACUAAAACUAAAUACAAAACCGAUAUUACGAGAACAACAGAAUACGAGUUCGAGUAUACAACCACAACAGUGACAAUCGCUAAAAGAACUUAUGCAAAAUAUUAUAAUGUUUAUGUUACAGAGUAUGAUACUGUCACCAACACAAAAACUUAUCAGGUGACUGACACUGUCACUUCAACGAAGACAGGAAAGGGUAAAAUUGAAUAUCAUUAUUCUACCAAAACAAAAUUAACCACAAGCACUAAGUACAGGACAUCUAUGGCAACUAUAACUAAAACAAUAAUCAAAGUUAGGAAAAAUAAAGCUGUAAGUAGAACUUCUAAAACAAAAACUAUAGUUCAAACAGUGAUAGAUUAUACAACAGUUACGAUCACUGCCCCAGCACAGCCGUUACCGAGUUUGCCAUUUUUCCUCUACUAA